AUGAACACCACCAACAACGGUGCAUAUCCACCUCUUCAACGUCGCAGACGGAGAUCUGAUCAGAUCUCUCCAUCAUCCCCCUCCUACCCGCGGCGGCUGCUUGACCGCCCCAACAGGCAGAGCGACGCCUUCAGCCCGGUCGUCAGCACACCUGCCACCGAUGAAGCAGAGAGUCCUACUCUCAACCUCAACCUGACAUGGACCUCUCCAGUCUCCGAUCACCUCUCCCCGGUGCCCCUCGUUCCUCCCUUACCUAAGCCUCAGGCCGUCGAAUCAAAGUACCACCAAAGGUCUUCAGAAGAAGACAGCCGGCCGAAAUAUCGAUCAUCAGACGAGGCUGCUAGACAUACGACGAGCAGGCCGACGGAUCAAAACAAUGCCCUUGCUAGCUCAACGGCGUGGUCACCCUUACCCGGUGCGGAGUAUGCGUUGAGUCCCCCGCCUUGGACGUCUAGUGCCAGCCAGUCCCAGCCGCGAGAGAAGAAAGUGCUUGAACCCCCGAUCAAGAUCGGCGACAAUGCCUAUUCCCCGAAUCUGCGCAAUUACAGCUUUUCUAGUCAGGUAUGGGAUAAAUCCGGACGUGAGGACCCAAUUCCCGGAAAAGCGCAGACUGGGAAGAAGAGCAGGAUGAAUCUGUUGAACCCAAUGAAUCUUCUGGCCCGUCGGAAAUCAUCACAGAAUCAGAAGCUCGAAGAUAUCAAUCUCAGUGUCAAGGCUAUGUCUGUUCUUGCACUGCCAGACAACUUUGACCCAAGCAUUCGGGGCAAGGUCGUACAUGACUUCUCGAUGCCACGGAAUCGAAGGCUUUAUUCUCACAAUGACGUUGGCAACGUUGACUCGCCCCUGCGAUCUGGCUUUGGGCCAGAACCCCGUGGGACCAACGACUCGCCGACUUCGUCGAGAUUGCCACUAAGCGCUACACCGAAUACCUCGCAUAGCCCGAUGUUCAAGGAGCAUUUCUCGGAUGACAGGCCGUCGUUACAACCAGAACGGACGGGUUACCUGCACAAUAUCCACGCUUUUAAUGUUGCCCACGACAAGCAAGAUGCUGUUGACGUCCCUGCUUUCGCCAGGCGAUUACCAUCGGCAGUGCCGCAGCCGGGCAUAGGGACGGAUCCGGAGCUGUCUCGAAAAGAGAACAAGCCGCUACCGCCUGAGAAGGGAGACAUAUCCACAGCGCCCAUAGGAAAUCCCUCACCCCCUCCGCCGUCACCCCCACCGAAAAGCACGCCUUCGCCUAAAUUCGACAUUCCGCCACCAGCCGCUCUACCCAAGCACAUGACGAGCACCUCCUCGCGAUUCAGCUUCCAGAUCGGGGGAGGCUCUUCGGCUCAAGAGAAGCUACUGGAAGAGAAACACAAGCAGCACGAAGCGACCAGGAAGACUGGCCAGCCGGAUGGGGACGAAGAAGAGGACGCCUUCGACUAUGACCUGGAUGCAGACGAUGACUUCGAAGAGCGGAUUCCCGGCGUCAACGCAGAUUUUGAGGAUGAUGACGGUUUUGGCAAUGAUGAUAUCCCGCUCGGUAACGCCCUCGUGGCCCGUUACGGCCCCUCCGACACGCAUGAAUUCCCGGCCUCGGAUGAUGACGGUUUUGGCAACGAUGAUAUCCCGCUCGGUAAUGCUCUGGUGCCCAGAUACGCGCCCCAUGAGACGCAUGUAAUCCCGGCCUCGGAUGUCAGGGGUACGACCGUGCAGGGCCAGUCACUGCAGGGCUUCCAUUUUACUCCUCAAUCCAUGACAUUCAGCCCCACCAGCACAAACAAUGCAUCCCAGCCUACUCCAAGAGAUCACGAAGGGUUCGCAAUUGGCAUCGCCGACUCUAGAGUGCCUUCACAGAACGAGAGCUUGGACUUUCCGCCCAAGAACGGCGUCAUUGAUGUUGAAGAGGUUUCCAUGCUUGGAGGGCUUGGCAUUUCGACCGCAGAAAUACAUGGCAGGCGAAGCAAGCUGACUUCGCGUCCUCAGGGAGGAGUUUUUGACGAUGAUGAUCUGUACUUUGAUGACGGAGAAUUUGGACAUCUCGAGCUUGAUCCUUCUGGUCCCACCUUUGACGAACGACUAUUUGACGACGAGACAGGCCAGAUUCGCGACAUUCCAGCUGACAAUGUCCGGAAGCUUGAAGCGUCCAGACAACCAGCGGUCGAAGAUACAGAAGUCAAGGUUCCGAACCAAGAGGAAGGUCAAUUGGGUAGGCGGUCCCUCCAAAGCACCGCGCCGAAUAACCAAACAGUCGCUGCAAUGGCAAACGGCCAUCAAAAGAACCAAGGUAGCUUCAUGCAAGGAGGCUCCAUUGCCGGUCUCACCGAGACCAACCUUGCCGCUUAUCACGAUGCUUUGGCGCUUGCGGCCAAUCAGGCCGCUGCGAAUGGGCGAUUCGACCGCAAAGUGAGCUUCAGCCAAAACUCCGAUGACACUUCCCAGUCUCCAGUCGAGAGCAGCCAGCGUGGAGUUAUAUCGGAUGGGAGUCGUUUCAGCCUCAACUACAGCUCUGCCAUCGCAGAAGAUGAUGGGUUUCCCUUUGAUGAUGACAUGGACGAUGAUCUCAUGAUUGCGGAGGCGAAUGCUGAGGCGUUGGAGAACGAUGAUGAGGGCUUCUACGGCCAGGAGUUUGGAUUUUAUGCUCGCUCCCGUGGCAAAGGCAACACCGAGCUGGUCAAUGGCGGCUACUUUGCGGAGCGAGGGUCGAACGGAGUGAAGCGAAGCCACAGUGGAAAAGCCAACUUUCAAGAGCCUAGCCUAACGCCUAUCACAGAGCGGAGCGAGUUCAGCACCCGAAACUCGUUUGUUUCGCUACCAGUACCGGGAGGUGGGAUGCCAGGUCCAGCACACUCGAUGCCCAGCCCAGGAAUUGCUCAACUCCGGGAACUUGACUCGCCCGCAUACGACGAAGAUAUGAGCUUUAGCGCGUUGAUGAAGCUGCGUGGCAGGACUUUCGGAGGCAGCUCUUCCAGCAUCAGCAGCUCCGCCGCUGGAUUCACGGCUAGUUCUCCUCUUGCGAUCGUGGCGAACAACCCCUUUUCGUACUCGGACCAUAGCGGGAGCCGCAUGUCCUCCUCGAUGCACGGUCGAUCCUCGCCGGCUGGAAUCCCAGAGUCGGAGGAAGAGGAGGACGAAUCGGAGCGGCCUACCCUGACACAGAACACGCCGCGCAAGAAGAUGAUUGAACCGGUCGUCGUAACGUCUCAGGAGGAGAUGCCUUCGCCGAUAGGAUCUGCUGGCGGUGAACGACGAAAAGGCCACCAUAGUCGCACAUCAAGUGGUGCUGAGAGUGUGAGCUAUGCCCGUGAUGGUGAGGGCGGUUGGGUCUUGGAACGGAGGCGGACCGAUGAAGGCAGCGGGACUGAAGUUAUUGACCGCGAGUAUCUAGCCGGAGCUCGGAUUUGA